UUUGCCCAUGCGUGGUAAAGGAAAAGAUAAUGCGUGCAAGUCACAAUAAGUUUUUUGCUCUUAAAUUCAUAAUAAAAUAAAAAUUUUCAGCGUUCAGUUUAACUAUAUACAAAACGAACUCGAAAACAUUUUUAACGACAAUAGUUUAGAAUGGAAUAUAUGCUCACAGAAAUUAAAAAAAAAAGCAAAACUAAGAAUGUUCGAUACGUUUUCUAGUUUGGAAAGAAUCGACAUAAAUAUUUGUAUACUAUUUGUUCAGAAAAUUAAAAGGAAGUGCAUUGUGAUAGGAAGUGCCAGUUUUGAUAUAAUACGAUUCCCCCAUUUUAUUUUGCAAUCAAUAUCUACAUACAUUUAUGGUUUCAUUAUCAAUACGCACAAAAAAAUAUUUUACUAACUUUGUGAGUCAUAUACGGUAAAGUAAUUAACGUCGGAAGUUUACCGAAACGAAAAUCUACUUAUGGCUCAUUUGUUGUGAAUUUGCGUUGAAGGGAAAUUCUGUAUACUUAUACACAUACAUAAGUAACGGCUUGCUGCAUGCUAAUACAUCCUAUUCCUGUAGAUACUGAGCAUUUUAUAUACAGUUCGAUAGUAAGAGCAAAACGCCACAGAUAAGGCGAGAAAUAGCUGGUGCUUUUGGAACCAAUUGAUUAAAACCGAUUUAAACCACCUACGCUAUGAAAAAAGACGAGAUAUGUGGACAACAUAAACCGAGUCCAAAUGGAGUGUUAGAGGAGUUCGAACGAAAGUUUAAACAUAAUAGUAGUAAUACAAAUAUACGACGUAGGCGAGAAACUGAAAACCUUAAUCAAACUAAUAAUAUAAAUACAAUAGCUUCGGAAUUAGAAAUCCAUCAGCGUCAACCUCAACAUAGCUUUAAAAGACAAAACGACAUAAGGAACAGCAGUCAAGAAAUCGAUAUACCGUGUGGGUCACUUUUUAUCUACGGAAAUCAAAAUUUUACUUUAAAACAAAGUGGGCGAAAUAAAAUCAAUGAUAACAGCUUUUGUGUCAGAAACCAUUUUUCCCAAGAAAGUAUUGAUUUGGUUUCUGAACAAUAUCAUACCGAAUCUCCAUCAAAGCAAACACGAUAUUUGGUUACCAACUACGGAGUAUAUGAAACGGAUGAUGUCAACAGUAAAUCAACUGAUCUAUGGCUGGAUGAAACAGAUAGAAAUUUCGAUGAUGAUCGGAGAUUAAGCAAAAGAAAAUCAAUCGAUACUAACAAAGAAGUGAAGUUAUAUGGACGCUCAAACGCAAACUCAGCGAUAUAUUUAACCCAAGUACCAUCAAUAUCAGUAAUUCCCAAGAGUUCUAGCCAAAUUUACAAAUUAACAAGCACUGACACAGAUUUGUCAAAAAAUAAGUUUAGCAGCGAACAAACUAAAAAAAGAAUUAGUGAUAACAUCGUAAAAACAAUAAAUUCAAGUAGUAAUGAAGAUUUUACUAGGCAGUUUUUGACACUACAAGAAGGAAAGCAAUCACAGUCAGCUCAACAAAUAACAGACCUUUCAAAAGCUUCGCCAAAAAAAAGCUACACGAAUAGCAACGAUAACAUAAAACCAAAUACCAAUGGAAAAGGACAUAAAUCCUAUAAUAAUCAGUGCGAUAAUUUAGAAAAUGCCUGCAACACAAUUAAUGCAAACGUAAAUAGCAGUGAAAGUAGCAGUAGUAGCACCGACAAACGAAAUAUUGUUAAAAGCAGGAGUAGAAGUAGGAGUAGCAGUAGUAGUAAUAGUUGUAAUUGUGAUAUAACAGGUGAUAACAGUACAUUGCAUGGUUUUGGUGUUGGCAUAUUAAGCAGUUUUUUGGGUGAUUGUGACUCUUCAAGUAACAUUGCGGAAGCUCAACCACCGGCUUUACAUCAUUCUCAACUUGAAGACCAGUGCCAACAUAAUAAAACUAUACGGCUAAGCUGGGACGUACCUGAGCAGACUUUUUUAACCCAAAAAAGUUAUUCCGACUGUAAAUCAAAUUUUUUGGUUGAGAUAGAAUCACAAGCACCUAUAUCGGAACUUAAAACGAUUUUAAGACACGGUUCAGAUGAUAUCACUGAUUGUGAUAGUUGCAGCGAACUGCAAUUAUUGCGUUCAAAGGAUUAUUUUGCUGACUCCGAUGCUGAAUGUGGGAGUUUGGAAGAUAAUAUAAUCGAUUUAACUUCAGAAAAUUCAAAUGUUGACGUCUUUAUAGGGCGCGGAGGGAUCGAAAAAUUAAACACUAAAUUAGACUCUUGCAAUAAAGAAUUCCAGACUUGGAGCCAUAACAAACAAAUUGAUUGUUUAUCGCAUCCAUUAAUAAAAUUUUAUGUAAACGAAGACAACGCCAAGAAUUAUUUUGAUAUAUCAGAGACUUUCUUAUCUGACCAACAUUCUAAAGAUAUUUAUGGAAACAUGGAUCUUGAAAGUAAUCGAGAGCAAUUAGGUGGAUCUGACGGAGGAGCAAUUAAGCGGACAAACAACAAUGGUUUAGUAGGCAAUGAAAGUUAUGAUAAAGGACAGCCAACAACGCAACACACAAUUGCAAAUGGACCGAUAGGAGCUGAGAAUCUUGGGACAUCAAACAUUCCAGAAACUAUAAAUGGCACAAUAAUUGGAGGUGGAAUAAAUCAGCAAAAGACAGGGAUUAAUGCAACGCAAAAGCGACCACAAAGAAGAGGAGGAAAACCACAACCUGAUCGCCCUCAAAGAGUUUUAUUUUGUUUGGGGGUAAAAAACCCACUUCGCGCCUUAUGUAUCAGUAUAGUCGAGUGGAAACCAUUUGAGUAUUUGAUAUUAUUAACCAUUUUUGCAAAUUGUGUUGCUUUAGCAGUUUAUACACCGUAUCCAUAUAGCGAUUCUAAUGUAACCAAUCAGGCUUUGGAAAAGAUAGAAUACAUAUUUUUAGUAAUAUUUACAGCAGAAUGUGUAAUGAAGAUAAUUGCGUAUGGAUUUUUACUACAUAGCGGCUCGUAUUUGCGAAAUGGAUGGAAUAUUUUAGAUUUCUUUAUUGUGGUUAUAGGCAUGAUAAGUACUGUUCUUUCGAAUCUUAUGAAGGAAGGCUUCGAUGUAAAAGCUCUAAGAGCUUUUCGAGUUUUACGACCUCUUCGACUAGUUUCUGGUGUCCCAAGCUUACAGGUUGUGUUGAAUUCGAUCCUCCGAGCAAUGAUACCGCUGUUACAUAUUGCUUUACUAGUUUUGUUUGUCAUUAUCAUAUACGCAAUCAUUGGAUUAGAACUGUUUUCUGGAAAAUUGCACAAAACUUGUCUUCGUCCUGACACUGGCGAAUAUAUGAAAGAUGAACACCCCUGUGGAAACGGAUUUCAAUGUGCAGCAGGAUAUGUAUGCCAUGAAAAAUGGGACGGCCCCAAUUAUGGUAUUACUAAUUUCGACAACUUUGGUUUGGCUAUGCUGACCGUGUUUCAGUGUGUUACUUUAGAAGGUUGGACAGAUGUGCUAUAUAAUAUUCAAGAUGCCAUGGGCAGUACAUGGCAAUGGAUUUAUUUUGUUUCAAUGGUUAUAUUAGGUGCUUUUUUCGUAAUGAACUUAAUUCUUGGUGUGCUGUCUGGUGAAUUUUCAAAAGAGCGUACAAAAGCAAAAAAUCGUGGAGACUUUCAAAAACUUAGGGAGAAACAACAGAUCGAGGAGGAUGUGCGCGGCUAUCUUGAUUGGAUUACCCAAGCGGAAGAUAUUGAACCAGAUGUCGACGGAAGUUUAAUGCAAGAUGGAAAAACAAAACAAGCCAAUGAGACAAAUUCAAUGGAUCAAAUGGAAGAAGAAUGUCAAGAAAUUCAAACAACUGAAUCUUGGUGGCGUAAGAAGAAAAAAGAUAUAGAUCGUCUGAACCGUAGAAUGAGGCGGUCCUGUAGGAAAGCUGUAAAAUCUCAAGCUUUUUAUUGGCUCAUUAUAAUGUUAGUGUUUUUAAAUACCGGUGUACUUGCUACCGAACAUUACGACCAACCAAUUUGGCUUGAUAACUUUCAAGAGUAUACAAAUAUUUUCUUCAUUGGAUUAUUUACUUGUGAAAUGAUGCUUAAAAUGUACAGUUUGGGAUUUCAAGGCUAUUUUGUGUCGUUGUUUAAUCGUUUCGAUUGUUUUGUUGUGAUUGGUAGUAUAACGGAAACAAUACUAACAAACACCGGUAUAAUGCCACCGUUGGGAGUAUCAGUAUUACGUUGUGUUCGGCUUUUAAGAGUUUUCAAGGUCACAAAAUAUUGGCGAUCUCUUUCUAAUCUUGUGGCUUCAUUAUUGAAUUCAAUACAGUCAAUCGCUUCCCUUUUACUAUUGCUGUUUCUUUUCAUAGUAAUAUUUGCUCUUUUGGGUAUGCAAGUCUUUGGAGGAAAAUUUAACUUUAAACCGUCAGAAGAAAAACCUCGUUGGAAUUUCGAUUGCUUUUGGCAAAGUUUAUUAACUGUAUUUCAGAUUCUUACUGGUGAGGACUGGAACGUUGUCAUGUAUGACGGAAUACUUGCCUAUGGAGGAAUAAAGACAUUUGGAGCAUUGGCAUGCAUAUAUUUUAUAAUUUUAUUCAUAUGCGGCAAUUAUAUAUUGCUGAACGUUUUCUUGGCCAUUGCUGUUGAUAAUCUGGCUGAUGCAGAUUCUUUAACAACAAUCGAAAAGGAAGAAGAAAUCGAUGAUGGUAAAAAUAACAAGUCGCAUAGCCCUACUCCAACUAUUGAAGGUGAGGAAGAGGAAAAUAUGAAUAUAGAAAUCGAUGUGGACGGACAUUGUAUUGAAAUUGAAAAAUUGGAUGAGGAGACUCCUUCUGAAGAUGAAGAGGAUGAAAUAUGUGAUGAGGAUCAGGAAGAAUCCCGUUCCGAAGUAACACCUCGAGCAACUGCACGACCUCGACGUCUCUCUGAAAUCAGCAUUAAGAAGACUAAAAAACCAAUGCCACAAGGAAGUUCAUUUUUUAUAUUUAGUAACACAAACAGGUUUCGGGUAUUUUGUCACUGGCUCUGUAAUCAUAGUAACUUUGGAAAUGUCAUAUUGUGCUGUAUUAUGUUCUCAUCGGCAAUGUUGGCAGCAGAGGACCCAUUACGGCCAAAUGCCGAUCGCAACAAAGUACUUAACAAAUUUGAUGUUUUUUUCACGGGUGUCUUCACAAUAGAACUGUUACUAAAAUUGAUUUCAUAUGGCUUCGUAUUGCACGACGGAGCCUUUUGUAGAUCUGCAUUUAAUCUUCUUGAUUUACUUGUAGUCUGCGUUUCCUUAAUAUCAAUUCAGUCCAGUUCGAAUGCGAUUUCAUUCGUGAAAAUAUUAAGAGUACUUCGCGUUCUUAGGCCUCUGCGUGCUAUUAAUCGUGCCAAAGGACUCAAGCAUGUAGUUCAAUGUGUAAUAGUGGCUGUCAAGACAAUCGGAAAUAUUGUCUUAGUGACUUGCCUUCUGCAAUUCAUGUUUGCCGUAAUAGGAGUCCAGUUAUUUAAGUAUGUUGUAAAAUGUGUUGUUGUUGCGAUAAAAACAAUUGGUAACAUUAUGCUAGUUACCUAUUUGCUACAAUUUAUGUUUGCUGUCAUUGGAGUGCAAUUAUUUAAGGGAAAAUUCAGUUUAUGUUCGGAUGGCUCGAAAAUGAAAAGAGAGGACUGCUUUGGUACCUACUUGAUUUAUGAAGAUGGAGAUGUACACAAGCCGCGAUUAAUGGAGCGUGCAUGGGAUAAAAACAAAUUUCAUUUCGAUGAUGUAGCAAAAGCAAUGCUCACCUUGUUCACGGUGUCAACAUUUGAAGGUUGGCCAGCGCUUUUAUAUGUAUCGAUUGAUUCCAAUGAAGUAGAUGGUGGACCAAUACAUAAUUUCCGUCCAAUUGUUGCCGCAUAUUACAUAAUUUACAUUAUUGUAAUAGCCUUCUUUAUGGUAAAUAUCUUUGUCGGCUUCGUUAUUGUAACAUUUCAAAAUGAAGGUGAACAAGAAUACAAAAACUGUGAUUUGGACAAAAACCAAAGGAAUUGCAUAGAAUUUGCGCUUAAAGCAAAACCAGUAAGGCGCUAUAUACCAAAACAUGGCAUUCAGUAUAAAGUAUGGUGGUUUGUUACGUCAUCAUCUUUUGAAUACACAAUAUUUAUUUUAAUUAUGAUUAAUACUGUGACUCUCGCAAUGAAAUAUCAUAAUCAACCACCGUGGUAUACAGAGCUUUUAGAUGCUCUAAAUAUGAUUUUUACUGCUGUAUUUGCGCUGGAAUUCGUGUUCAAGUUGGCAGCUUUUCGUUUUAAGAACUACUUUGGAGAUGCUUGGAAUGUUUUUGAUUUCAUAAUAGUACUGGGUAGUUUUAUUGACAUUGUGUAUUCCGAAAUUAAGAAUAAGGACAAUACAUCAGCGCCUUGCGAUAUUGUAGAAGGAUGCAAAGCUAAGGCCAAGACGGGAUCAAAUUUGAUAUCAAUCAACUUUUUCCGUUUAUUCCGCGUUAUGCGCUUGGUUAAAUUAUUAAGUAAAGGUGAAGGAAUUCGAACAUUGCUGUGGACAUUUAUCAAAUCUUUCCAAGCGCUUCCUUAUGUAGCAUUGCUCAUAAUUAUGUUGUUUUUUAUUUAUGCGGUAAUCGGAAUGCAGGUUUUCGGAAAAAUAAACUUGAAUGACGAAACCGCCAUACAUCGGAAUAAUAACUUCCAAACAUUUCCACAGGCAGUACUAGUUCUCUUUCGUUCUGCAACAGGUGAAGGAUGGCAAGAAAUUAUGAUGUCUUGCUCCACCGACAAAGAUGUACAUUGCGAUCCGAGAUCCUCUGAGACUAAAGAUUGUGGAUCAAGUAUAGCAUUUCCAUAUUUCAUAUCCUUCUACGUACUUUGUUCCUUCCUUAUUAUAAAUUUAUUUGUUGCUGUCAUUAUGGAUAAUUUUGACUAUCUGACACGCGAUUGGUCGAUUCUUGGACCUCAUCAUCUGGAUGAAUUCAUCCGCCUUUGGAGUGAAUACGAUCCGGAUGCCAAAGGUCGCAUAAAACAUUUAGAUGUUGUUACGCUGCUCCGUAAAAUAUCACCUCCACUAGGGUUUGGUAAACUAUGUCCACAUCGAAUGGCUUGCAAACGACUAGUUUCUAUGAACAUGCCUCUAAACUCUGACGGUACUGUUCUUUUCAAUGCAACCCUGUUUGCAGUUGUAAGAACAUCACUAAGCAUAAAAACGGAUGGAAAUAUUGACGAAGCUAAUGCCGAAUUGCGUGCAACAAUAAAACAAAUUUGGAAACGUACAAGCCCAAAACUUUUGGAUCAGGUAGUACCUCCACCAGGAAAUGAUGACGAGGUUACCGUUGGGAAAUUCUAUGCCACAUAUUUAAUUCAGGAUUACUUCCGACGCUUUAAAAAGCGAAAGGAACAGGAAGGUAAAGAAGGACAAUCUGAAAAUGCUACUAUAACACUGCAAGCAGGAUUGCGAACUUUACAUGAAGUAUCGCCAGCAUUGAAACGGGCGAUUUCCGGAAACUUAGACGAGCUGUCUGAGGAGCCAGAGCCGAUGCACAGGAGACACCAUACCCUGUUUGGUACAGUGUGGUCAUCUUUUCGACGACACGGUAACAGCUUUAGACAUGAUCGGAAAAAUCAAAAAUCGCAAUUCAAUGGCAAUAUUGGUAGUGCCGAAUCUACGCCUACUGUUGCUGACUCGUUCGCUACAAAUGCGAUGUACGACGCAAACCGAUGUAAUGUAUCUGAUAGUAUAAAUCAUAUUACUAAAAGCCUCAUGCAAGCAAGAUUUGGUUCUCAACCGACUGAGGGCAGUAAUUCCACUGAAUACCAUGAUUUUACCGCUCCUGGUGAAAUUCGUACAUUUAGCGAGAGCAUAUCCAUGCGUCCACUUGUCAUGAAUAGCGGCAACGAUGGUAACACCUCACUUACUCUUAAUUCAGGGCGUAUCUCAAAUCAGGAAAGUCCUUUUGCGACAACACAGUCUUAUGACAGCUCUACUACCGGGGUUUCAUUGCACCAUUACAAUAAUGCAAAUGGUAUUCGUGGCCGCGAUCGUGCGAUGCUAACAAAAAUAGGUAGCCCAUAUGACCACCGUCCUUCAGCAACUAUAUCUAAAGUCAACGGUCCAGCAGAAAGUCUUGUUGGCGGGGUACUUGUUGCGGAAGGACUUGGAAAAUAUUGCGACUCAGAAUUUGUUGGUCAAGCAACUCGAGAAAUACAAGAAGCUUUAGAUAUGACGUUGGAGGAAAUGAAUCUAGCUGCUCGAGAAUUGUUAGCAAGCGAACGAAGUACUGGACAGUCAUCAUUUAUAUAAUUUUAAAUUUUCACAACAUGUAGAUAAAUACAAAUUACAUAAGUUAACCCUAUACGAACAUUUUGGAAAAUGAAAAACCAACAGUGCCAAGAAAUUUCAGAAGCUUAAACUAUCGAAAAUUCUACAGCCCAUAGUCAAAAGGAAUACAUUCGCCAAGUUACUAAAAUACCCUUUGACUUUUCAGAUAAAUAUUAACUUUACAAUAAACGACGGUAAACAUUUUACAAUUAAAUUUCCUUUAUUACUUAUACAAUGCAAAUACGUAAUUAUUGUUUGAUUGUUUUCCUUUCGAAGUAUUUUCGUACAGAAAAACGCAUCCGUAUAUAAACAAAUGUAAUUGUAUUUAUAUACAAAAAUGUAAAAAACAAAUAAACAAUAAUUAAAUUUGUUUAGACCUAAAUUUUUUGGUAUAAUGUUUAAACAUAAAAACGUAGAAGUACACUAAAAUUAUAAGACAUGAAAUUAUUUGUAUUACAUUCAUUUUUAAGCGAAAAAAUUACAUUUUAUAUAUGUAAAUAACUGGACACUGUUAAACGUCUUUGGUAAUAGUAAGAAAUCGACAUAUUUCGAUGGAGUUUUCCACGUAAAUAUUCAUAGAAAAUUUUGCGAAUUACAAACAAGAAAAUUUAACCAUAAAGAGAAAAUUUAAUCAUAAUCGUAAUUUUAAUUAGGAAAACCUUUCCCAAUCAUGUUAGUACAAUUAUUCUAAUAUAAUUACAAUGUCUGUAUAGUUAGGCAAACUACAUACACUGCUAAUCAAAUUAGCGCACAAACACCAACAAACAAAGGAAAGAAAGGAAGAAGAAGAACAUGGAUGAAAGAAACAAUAAACUAUUGUACACAAUUAUGUUCCCCUUUUUUAUUUUUUUAUAGUCAAUUUCAAUAUUGAAAUGAUCAAGGUGACGUGACGAAAAAAUCAGAUGGGUGUCUGUCAGUCCCACCCGUCUGUAGUUGAAAGUGAUAAUUUGAGCACAAUUUUGAGAUCUCUUGAUGAAACUUGGUACACAUGUUCCUUGGCACUUUGAAGAGGCUGGUAUUCUGCCUGGUAGAAGUAUGAAGCAGUAAGUCGCAAAUUAAAACGGUCAUGGAAAAAAAAACCGGUCAGAAAUCUCUCAGUAAUAUUCGUCUACCAGCAGAAAAAAUCACCCACUUUUACCGCUUUGAAGUGUUUCCAUAGUUUUCUUGAUUGCGAAGAAACCUUGAUAUAGUUUUUCAUUAGCUUCAUAUUUUUCAGAAUAAAAGUAGCUUUUUCAUUCAAAGAUAACUGUGAUCAUUUCCCUUUCCUUUGUGCUAAAUGAUGAGUGGCAGUGUAUGUAUAAGGCUUUUAUGUGCAAAUUAAAUAAUUAAAUUUGGAAAAAUAUAUUUUUAAAGAACAUUUAGUUUUAGUCUGCAAUAUUUGUAGUACGAGCUUGAAAAACAAGACAUUUUCUUUAGCACGUAAAUAUCACGUAUGUAUGUAAUAUGGAUAUUCAAAGUUGAUUUUUUAAACCUUAUUUAUUUUGAUUUUGGGACAUCAAACAUUACUGUUCAGCUCACCAAUUUCCCAACUCAUUUUCGAAGGAAACAGAUGUUUUUGUGAGUUCAAAUACUUAAUUAAAGUUCCUCUAAAACUCGUUUUCUUCAAUUUACCCGCGGAAGCAUAAUAAAGCGUAAAAUAUAAUGACAAAAGUACGUUAAGUUUAGAGCUUAUUUGUAUCACAUUGCACAUUCAUAUACCUAAAAGAACAUAUCGCUCAUUAACAUGAAUAGUGUCAUAACUCAAAAAACACGAUUUUUGAGUUAAGUAUGCAGAAAUGUGCGCAAUUUCAUCGUCCAUAUUGUAUAAAAAUUCCAUUCCGAUGCGUAGAAAAAUAAACCGUGAAAUAAGAAUGUGCCGUUAUUAAACUUGUUAUGUUGCAUUAUUUUGUAACCACAAUAACGACACUUUUCAGUUCUACCCGAAUUAGUUAUCAUUUCUGGUGAAUUUGGUUUUCUUUUCAGAAACAUUUUGUAUUACAACGAUAUUGGUGAAAAAUUAAUUAAAUUUUAAAUUAUUUUUUUUUUUUUUCAGCAAAAGCGACACAUUUGACUUCAAAGUUGGUCACGGUUUUGCCCAAGAAAAAUUAUUAGUACACUCUAUUUGGUCCAUUUAUGUUCAGCAUUCUAUUUAAUAUAUUACACGCCACUAGAUUUGUCAAUAAACUGAUGACAUUAUUCUAUAUUUGCUAAAUUGGAGACAAUUGAAAACUUUAAAUCGCUCUUCUGAAAAAUCGACUUUUUUGAGUUGUGACACUAUUCAAGUAAAUGAGCGAUAUAUUCAUGUAAAUACUAAAUUACUCAUUGAACUUUUUGGCCUUAACCAUCUUAGCUGUAUAUGUGCAAA